AUGCCGCCCAAGAAAGGGAAAGGCGAGCAGCCGAAGGAGAAGAAGGUGGCAGUGGACAAGGUAAAUGUUGCCCAUAGCCCCCUCUACAUGCUCCCACUGACCCAAAUCGCAGACCUUUGGCAUGAAAAACGUACAUCCCCUUCAAAAAGAUCAAACGACACCUACCUGCCCUCUUCACCCCCUCCCAAUCCUACCACACUAACCCCCCUCCCUCCACAGAAAAAAGGCGCCCAAGCCCAAAAAACCAUCGCUCAAAUUGCGCAACAAACCUCACAGGCCCAAACGCCCGAGCAAAAACGCAAAGCGGCCGAAAAAGCCGCUCGCGAAAAAGAAAAAGCUGCUUCUGAGCAAGCCAAAAAAGAGGCCGCUGAACUAUUUAAACCGAUACAAGUGCAGAAAGUGCCGUUCGGCGUGGACCCGAAGACGGUGGUGUGUCAAUUCUUCAAGUCGGGCAACUGCGAGAAGGGGAAACGGUGUAAAUUCAGUCAUGAUUUGGAUGUGGGGAGAAGGGGGGCGAAGAGGAGUCUGUAUACGGAUACGAGGGACGGGGAGGAGGAAGGCGAGGGUGGGGAAGAGGAGCAGAAGAAGAAGGAGGAGGAGGAUAUGGCUGAGUGGGAUGAGGCCAAACUCCGCCAAGUCGUCCUCUCCAAGCACGGAAACCCACGCGCCACAACGGACAAAAUCUGCAAAUUCUUCAUCUCCGCCGUCGAGGAGGGGAAAUACGGCUGGUUCUGGAGCUGUCCAAACGGCGGCGAUAAAUGCAUGUACCGACACUCUUUACCGCCGGGCUUCAUCCUGCGCACGAAAGAGCAGCGCGCCGCAGAAAAGGCGUUGAUGGAUAAGAGUCCGCUGAAUACACUUACACUGGAAGAUUUUCUGGAGAUAGAGAGGGGUAAGCUGGUUGGGGAGGGGACGAAGGUGACGGAAGAAACGUUUGCGGAGUGGAAGGCGAAGAGGCUGGAUAAGCGGGCUGCGGAGGAGGAGGCGAGGAGGCAGAAGGACGCGACGGGACGGGCGAUGUUUGAGGCUGGGGGGUGGGAGGAGAGUGAAGGGGAGAGCGAGAGUGAAGGGAGUGAGGACGGUGAUGGAGAUGAGGAUGGCGGUGGUGAGGGGUGGAAUAUGGAGGAGAUGAGGCGGGAGACGGAGCGGUUGAAGGAAGAUACGGAACGGAGGCGGAUUGAAGGGUUAGGGGGGCAGGUUGCUAUUGAGAAAGGUGGCGGUGGAAAGGUGAACGGGGAAGAGGGAGGCGAAGGGGAGGGGGAGGACGGAGCAGUCGGGUUGAAUUACAUAUCCUCGCCAAAUAGAAGAGAAGCUCAUAGUCACACCUCGAGUAAGAAAGUACAAAAGCCAUACACACGCACGGUGCCGUGA